ACGUGUGGUAAUAUUUUAGCUGUCAGUGACAGUUUUAACACGCCUUUCCCUUCAGUUUGUGAACAAAUAUUGUCCUGUUUAUAAUGGAGACGGUAACAAAAAUAUUUAUAUAGGUAAUGUAACAAUGUUAACGGUCCAAAACCCAUUCUGUUGGCUAAAACUCAGCAGAACGUUAGAGAUAGUUUCACCAACGUUCCCAAUAGCAACGCAGCUUGUGCGCCUCUUGGUCCAGACGGUCGGCGCCGCCUUGUGGACUUCAUUAUUAAUGAUACCACAGAAAUUCAACCUUUCCGAGAGUCCAUAUAACCAGAAAGGAGGAAUGACACCGUAGGAGGUUUGAGGAGCAGGAGCAGGUUUUGAUCAACCUAAGGCAAAUGUCACGUUGGAGAAGGAGCAGCUCAUCACCACACUUGUGUUGCUAAGGGAUGAGCAGAUGUUGGAUGCCUAUCUCCUUUUUCCUGUUCAAAACACAGGUGAGAAGAAGUAGAGUCACAUUUCUUUUCAUUACAGAGAAAAGCUUGAUGGAGGGGGGUUCUGAGCACUUAGAUGAGGAUGUCCAGGAGGAGGGCAGACUCACUGUGCUGUGGGAGAGGUGCAUACAGCAGAGCAUCUUAGUUGAACUCAGUGAGGACGAAAGUCUCCACCUAAGUGAUCUGGAGAGUUCUUUAGCUUUACAUCUGUCCCAAGCAGAAUCGGCUGUCUCAGAGGCUAGCAUUCAUCUCAGUGGGAGUGCAGAGCUGUCAGCAUUAGAUGACUCCUCAGAGAACAGUGUUGUCAGCAGUAAUAAUGUCAAUGUAGUCGAAAACAUAAGUAAAAGCAUUACCUUGCAUCUGUCAGCCCAAAGACCUAACACCAUGCAUGAUAAGCCGUCCUUCAAGCAGGGGUUUGAGGACCCAGGACCAAACACCAGUGAUGAGGAUCAGGAAGACCUGCCUUAUGAUAAUGACCUCGGAAGUCCAUACUUCAACCAAACAUCUAGCUCUACUGGAAACUCUGAUGGAGCAGACACUGUUUAUGGAAGUCCAGAUCCUCCUGAUCUGCCUGAGAAGGAUCAGAGUACCAACACCAAACCUGACGAGUCUUUUGAAGCAAUCAAGCAAACUGAGGUAGCUCCCCCAUGCUCCGUUCCUACAAACAUUACCCACUUGUUACUGCGACACUUCUCUCAGGAGGAGUUGCUCAGAACGGAAAGGCUGAUUGAGGCAGAGACCUUGCCGGAGGUGUCGCUGCUGGAAAGCGUGGACGACUCUGUUUUCAGCUUGGCCCCAACAGCCAAAGCACCAGCAAAUUACAGCAGCAAAACUAAUAGCAGCCAAGAAAGGAGUCAUAAUGCAUCCAAGAUUGAAAGCUUAGAAGAAAAAACUGAAAAGAAAAUUGAUGAUUUCUCUUCAGAUAUAACUGAGAAAAACAUGUCCAACUCUGCAAGUUUAAACCAGAUCAAAGGGAAUGACGGUGCAGAUGAAACUGAGCAAAACAAGACAAAAGAGGAUGAUCAGAAUCAGAGAGUCCCACUCAUUCGCACUAGAUCCUUCAGUGAGAUGAAAUAUGGUCAGGGACAAGUUCAUUACCCUCUCCCAGAUUUCUCCAAGGUGGCCCCAAAAGUAAAAAUCCCUAAAGCUCCAAAUGGACCUGUGAGACCAGUUCUCCAAAGCCCUAACACCAUUCACAGAGCCCGGUCUUCUCCGGGUAUGUUAGAGGUGAUCAGCAGAGUCCUGGAGGACUCAAUCCCGCCAUCAGAGACGCCCUACGUCUUCAAAGACAUUGAAAACCAGAUUCCAGCAGCACUGGUACAUCAACUGAAGACUGAAUAUGACAAAUUACUUACCAGGUAUGCAGAGUCAGAUAACUUAAUGGACCAAAUGAAACCAGAACCAAAUGUAUCAACUCAUCCACCCUCACAUGAUGCCGAGAAGCAGCUGGAGAUUGCUGAAGAGACUCAUCCCAAAUACUUGAUUUCUCCUCUUUCCCUGUCAGAAAACUUUGUUGAAAAAGAGGGCGAAUCAACUCAGUACCAUAUAGUCAAGGAAGCAACCAGAGUUUUAUCAAAGUGGAAUGAAGAUAAUCUUAGUGAUGGUGAGAGAAUGACUGCUGAACUGAGAGAGAUCGUCGUCCAGUUCAUCCAGAAGGUUGAGGAAUUCAAAUGUAAUGUUACUAGUAUGGCUGUAAGCACAGCUGAGCAGCAAAUGAUUCUGAGGAGCAUGAUGGAGGCUCAGGAUGAGCUUAAAAGGAAGUACAUCAGUCAGAAAGAAGAGCACAGAGCUCUGGAGAUGCAGAACUACAUAGGUCUAUCUAGGAACACCGGCACCUUUGACCCAGACAGACUAGUAGAGGGAGACAUAUUCAGGAUAGGGAUGCACCUAGAGGACAUAAAGGAGGUCAUUGACAGAAACACGUAUGAACAGAUUUCUCCCCCCCACUCGUCCUCCACUCCCACCUCUAUCGCAAUUUGGCUGAACAUGAAGCCCAGCUCACCUACCUUUCACACAAGUUCACCUUCACCUUCCCUGCUUGAGGGGAAACUUGCAGGUUUUAUCACUGAGAGUUGUAAAGAGGAUGGGCCGAGGGAGGAAGAUAAAGAAGGAGAAGCUGACACCAGUGAGGUCAAUGUCAAUGGUGGAUUAAACCCAAGCUCUGAGCUCAGAACUGCUGGCCCUUUAAAUGAAACUGUCGGGCAACCCUUCAACAAUUCACAGUUGUCUUCUCCGUCCUGUUUCAGCGACCUGCUGGGCUCAGCAGAAGGACCGCACUGUCCGACGGCAGAAGAUGAGCAGGAGACAACCUCAGGAUUAUCCGAAAGGACAGCCCACUGGGGCCCUUUAGUUUACCCGAGUGGAACCAGAUCACCAUCAAAACAGAGCCAGUGGACAACUGAUAGCGUUGCCCUGAAUACAAGCAGUGAAUGUGAUCUGGAUGAUUGUGUGAGUCUGGCAGUGGAGGUCUCCUGUUCUUCUCAUCCUCCCAGAGGCACCCACAGCAUCUCAGAGCCUGUAGUCAACACCUCAUCUGUGUCACAGAGGAUACUGGGUUCAGAGACAGACAGUGGAUUUGGAAGCUCCUAUCUGAAUCAGUCAGCCACUAAAACAUUUCAACCAAAUGACCUCACAGGAAGCGUUCACUCCGAGUAUGAAGAUCUAAGUAACCCAGACAGUGAAGCUUCCUGCUCCAACCUGGAGACGGCUAUCCAUACAGAUGCUGUGGCUGCCCACUCAUCCAUCCAAACACUGCACUGUGAAGAAGCAGCUGCUGCAGUGAAGCUGUGGGUGGAGAGCACCACCAAUGAGCCCUCAGUCAGGCUGCAGAGGACCGUCCAAAUACAUCCUGUCCCGCUCCACAACCACAUAUCUGAGCCAACCCUCAGCACCACCAUGGAUGCUGUAACAGACAGACGCAGCCCUCUGAACUCCUGUUCUUGUAACAGUGAGGCCAUACUGGCUUUGCAGACAGAGGUAUCAAAGUUAAAGAGGGACCUGGAGCAGGGGCUAGUCCAGCUACCCCACUUAGCACAGAGGAUGGACUACCUCACUUCAAGGAUCUUUGUUGUUACCUCUAGUUUAGGGAAGUCAAGCAGCAAAGGCAGGACCAACCUCAGGUCCAGUCUAUUGAGGGUAGAGGAUUGGACUUCCUCAGACAUGGAACGAAGCAAAAGCAAAGACAGCGGCGGUGGAAGCUGCUCUGAGAUCAUGUCGCCUUUCACCGUAGGAAGUGAAUGUUUGACGUCUGAGCUUCGAAACAAACUUCAGCACACGACACCAUCCAACAGAGGUAGGAUGGGAAUCUCUAGCAUGAAAGGAGAGGAUAAGCAGCAUGCGAAGCAAAGGCCACAAGCCAUCAAGAGUUUUAAUAUCAAGGAGAGGUGGUCUCCCUCUCUCCAGAAGUCCCUCCUUCAGGUCAACUACGGCUCCUCCUGCAGCCUGCCAGCCAGCUAUAAAGUGAGAGAACCUCAGCUGCAGUCCUCACCUUGUCACAGAAAGCGCUCCACUCAGUCAGACACCGCACUCCUGCCCAGCAACGUUUAUUUUCAGGAGACACCAUCCUCAGUCUCUGUUCCUCUCCGGGGUACCAGCAGAAGCAGAGGCAAAAAGGAAGACAUGAACAGGACUUUGGACCAGGCAAUUGAGGUCGCCCGCAUCUUGAAAAGGACAACAGAUUGUAUGGCCAGGCGACUUUCUGCUGAUUUAGCCAAGGCACAGAUGCACAAGAAACUUUACAACACGCAGCCACGAGAGGGCAGAAAACACCACACUUCCUAAACGCCUUCCGUUAUUGAGCCACAACGAUUCACUAAAUAAAUAAGACGCUAAAUAAAUAUUUAUAUAUAUUUUGAAUAUAUAUAAAUAUUGAUUUUUAAAUGUAAUUGAAAAUAUGAAGUAAAAAGCAUUAACUACAAAUAAAUUCUCUAAUAUUAUUUAAAUGUUUGAAUAAAUUCAUAAAGACAUUUAUUCAAAAUGCAUGGAAAUUUUGUUUUUUUAACAGAGUUAAUUCAAGUAUAAUGUUCCUGUUUAUAUAUUUAGUUUUUAGGUGUGUCUUUAACAGAGAUUUAUGUUACUGUUAAUACUUUUUUAUUUAUUUAAGAUAUUUAUCACAGUUUUACUUAAACUAUCAUGUGUAACCAAUUAUGUUAUAGAUUCUGCUACAUUUGGCCCUUGAUACAUAAGACUCAUGUAACAUGCAUCUAACAAAAACUUUUUUGAGGUUUUUUGUAUAAAUACAUCAAUUUGUAAUUG